UGGUGGAUGGACGCACGUGAUUUUAUGACAGACGGAACAAGCGUGACACAACAACGUCGUCCGCAUCGUGUCCAGGGAAGGACGACAUGUUGUUUGAUAAAGGGUGGCUUAUGUUUGCAUCGGCCAUUUUUAAAUUGGCGGAUGCUCCAUUUUGUUGAUAAAAACCAGAAAUAAAGUGUCAGAACUCAUAAAACUAAAACUUAACUAACAGUAUACCUUCAAGCGAUUCAUGGGUUAGACCCAGUGCAAUCCAUUUUUAAACCGUCAUAGUUCCUUACUGUCUACCAAGUUCCUAACAAUAAGCAAAAAAAAAAACAACAUAGUAUUAACAAAAUUCAUAUUUUACUACCGUAGAAAAAAAAGCUUCGUAUAUUCUUAUAUAUCCUUAGAAUAAGUAAGAUACUUAGUCAGCAACAAUAGUAAAUUAUAUAUAAAUAUAGCUAGGAUAAAAUAACCAAAAGAUUAAGAAAAAUCUUUAACAUUAAAACUCAAACUGUCUGCUUCGAUGUUCAAACAGUUAUUUGGGUCCAAGAUGGCCGCAACGAUACGCCCAAUUCCGGAAGCGGUCAUGGAUAGUUCGGAUUCGAGUGAUUCCUGCGGAACGGUGGGUGGUAGCAACAAUAACGAAACUGGCUUAAACUUAUACAAACCCGCUCUAAAAUACAACGAGAUCAUGAAUAAGUUGGACAGCUACAACAACAAUCAGCUCCUGUUGCCCACUCAGUUUUAUAAAACUUUGCUGGCGAAAGCGGUGAUGGCUAGCCAGAACGGAGACGACAAAAAUAACGUCUAUAAGAACAUGUUUUUUGGGAAAGAUCGGGAUUUUGAUCAGAAAGCCUUCGGAUGGGACACUUCACAAACUGGAGGCAGCCCAGCUGGCCAUCAAGGUGGUGGUAUGGGCAGCCAACAGGCACAAGGAUGGGUUCACUGGAUGAGCGUUAUGGCAGAACACAUAGAUCCGACUAUGUCACACUCCCUUGGCUGGAACCAAGAGUGUGGACAACAUGGAAAGGAUGACUACCCCAACUGGACCCGAAAUACCAUGGGUAUGGGAAAACAAGGCUAUGAGUCGAAGAUGAACGAGCACAAUCAAAUGCAAAAAGUUUAUGCUGGAAUGGAAGAUCAUAUGGCCGGUACACCCGGUUUGUACACGUCGGGCAGAUCCACAUCGAGUAGUUCCAGUCCCGGAAUUCCCGGAUCCAGUCCAGCGUUGCUCGUAGUACCGCAGCCCAUCAACGCCACUAAAAUUGGUGGUAUGCAGAAUGGCGGGAUGCAACCUAGGAAGUAUCAGUGUAAAAUGUGCCCGCAGGUCUUUAGUUCGAAAGCAGAACUUCAACUUCACACGCAGGCGCACAUGCGAGAAGCGAAACCGUACAAGUGCUCCCAAUGUUCCAAAGCCUUCGCAAAUAGUUCCUAUCUAUCGCAACAUACGAGAAUCCAUUUAGGAAUCAAACCAUACCGGUGCGAGAUCUGCCAAAGAAAAUUCACGCAGCUCAGUCAUUUACAACAGCAUAUCCGGACACAUACUGGGGAUAAACCGUACAAGUGUAGACAUCCAGGCUGUCAAAAAGCAUUCUCGCAGCUCAGCAAUCUGCAAUCUCACUCGAGGUGCCAUCAGACCGACAAACCGUACAAGUGCAACUCGUGCUACAAGUGCUUUAGCGACGAACCCUCAUUACUCGAGCACAUUCCAAAACAUAAGGAGAGUAAACAUUUGAAAACGCACAUUUGCCAGUACUGCGGUAAGAGUUACACGCAGGAAACAUAUCUGCAAAAGCAUAUGCAAAAACACGCCGAGAGGACGGAUAAGAGACCACCGAUUGGACCGGGAUUAGGGUUAAAUCAUCGUGGUCUAGACCAUCCUUACUGGCCUAAAGUAUCUCCGGACAGCGCAGAAAAUAUGCACGAUUACCCGACAGAUAUUUCACGGGGCCUGUUGGACCAAAACGACGAUUUAGUAAUCAUAAGGCAACAGCUGAGCAACCAGAACACGUCCGCUCCCCCAGGUACCCCUAACGCCAACCUGGGCAACUCUUACGACACCUCUAUAUCCAAGAGUAAUACAAACUCGGCGUUCACUCCCAUAAACUCGAUGUCCGGCCAUUUGAACCACCUUAAUCAUCAAUUGGCACCCAAUAGACCGUACAUCUACGAUGCCCUAUCCUUCCCUAAGCAGAACAGUCUGGAUAUCCCGAAAAGCCAACCUAGUAACGGAUUCCCGAAUCAGCUGAUCUCGUUGCACCAGAUCAGGAACUACCAGCCCAACUCGAGUCUGAUGGAACACUCGAUACUUGGAGGCUUAAAAGAUAAAUAAUUAAAUAGUUUUGAAAUGUUUAGUUAGAUAGGGUUGGAAGGAAAGGGUAUGGAGCUUUUGAAGGGGUGUGUGUGAUGAUGGUUUACUUUAAAAGUCGUUUGAUCUCAUACUUAGGUUUGUUAAGAUAAUGGGUUGCGAUUAUUAUUCUUCUGAAUGGUAUUUUUUUUAUUAAAGACAAUGUCAAUGCUAUUGCCACGAUUCUUGCCAAUUAUGACGCAAGUAUUGAAUGAAAAAAAAUACUAGUCAAUGUCAAACAAGUAAUUAAUCUAAUAUUUGAUUUUAUAAUAAUUAUUGCGGACGCGACAGUUGCGCAUCACCAUAACACAUUUAAAUAAAAUAAAUGCCUUUCAGAUAUUUCUUUUUUAAUAUGUGGCCGACCUCCUCAAAAGCUUACGGAAAAAACAGGCAAUAUUAUAUUUCAACAACACCAAAUUGUUGAUUUAAAAGAAAAUUCUUGCCGAUAAUGUGCAUAGAAAGUACAUAAAGACAAUGUAAUAUACAUAUUUAAUUAAGGUUGUACAGUUUAUAUUUUAUUUAGUUAAUUUAACCGUUUCAAAGGCACACGCUCCAUUGCUUAGGGAAGAAUGAUUUAUAAUUUAGUUUCUUAAAUGUAUUUUUUUUUUGAUCGGACGUUAGCUUUUGAAACAAGAAUAGCUCAAAUAUAAUUUAUUAUUACACGUACUUACUUUAAAAAGUUUAUUUUUUGUAUAGUUACACUUCAUAUUUUCUUGCCCACCACUGUGAAUCUCUUUAAGUUUAAAAUAAAUACGUUUCCAGAAUAAAGUUUGAGUUUUGGAUUUUCUAGUUGUUUAAGUUUCUUGGUGCAAAUAUUUAUAGCGUUAGUUUUUUAUUAUGUUAUAUACAAGGCGAGUGAAAAAUAUUCAUUUUGCUCGCCCUGUAUAACAUAUAUCAUACGUCAUCUUGUUGUCUGUGUUUCAUCCAGCGUUGCGGAAUGUUUUUGAUGGUUUUAAUUUUUACCUCUGAAAUUGGUAAGUGACUAGUUUAGGUCCGAACACUGUCUAACAAGUGAAAUAUUUUGUUUAAAUUUUACUAGGAGCGUCAAAAUGUGAAAAAUUCAAAGAUAAUAAUCGUUAAAACAGUUUCUCCUUCUUUUGACACUUCUUGUAUACGUUUUGCUAAAGCUUUUUAUAAAAUUAGUAAAAACAAGCAAUUUUGUGAGAAUGUUAUAAGGUAUACGUUUUUACAGCUGUAUACGGAAAUUGUUAAGAUCGUUAUUUUUUAUUCUAAAUAAAUUACAAUUUUCUGUUGGAUGUUACUGCAGCAUAAUUUUUUUUUUGGGUUAGCGUUUAAGUAUAAAAGACAAGCUUUAAAAAAUGUUAGUUAAGUUUAUAUUUUGAAGGACUGUUAAGUUCUGUACAUGUAUACUUGAGUUGUAUAGCUUGUGAUCUAUUUACAAAAAAAAAGUGUAAUUAUAAUUUAUAAAAAAUUAUAGGUUUUUGUUAAUUUUCAUUAAAUAAAAAAUUUCUUUUCAUUUUCACUUUGUAGCUGUUUUUUUUUUGUUUUUUUUUUCCUGUGUUCCGGAUAAUUUUUCUAUUUGUUUUUUCACACCAUAUUUGUAUCUGUGAUAUUUUUUCGUACUGAGAAUAUGGUAUAAAUAGUCAAUUUGUACAUAAAGUUUCAAAUUUUUAAGGAACGUAUAGUUAAGAUUUUUGAAGAAGGACCCAUUUAAAUCUAAUUGAACAUGAACUACAUUGUUAUUCUAUGUCUAUAGCGCCUUAUCCAGAAAUAUUAGGUGGGAUGGUAAAUAUGAUGGUGACUUGAUCAGUUUGUGAUUUUUUAUAAAUUAUUAUUUUAAUAUCUUAGAUAAAUAAUUUAUAAAAAAAAAACAUACAAUUCAAAAGUAUUAACCUAUAUUUCUGAGAUAACAAACCAUUUGUAUUUAAGAUAAUAAGAAAAUAUUAAUAAGUGUCGUACUGUAUCACCUAUACAUAAUAUAUCUUAUUUUUCUGAAGAUUUUUGGACACAACGAAUUUUCCAUACUGAUUUCUCCUUUUUUUCUACACUUAUAUAGAUCGUCCCUUAAUCCCUUAUAUUAGAAGAUUUUUCUCAGCACACAUCUAGAAAUAAUGAUAUUUCGAG